AUGCCCCAUGAUAAAAUUGGCAAUAGAAUUUACAAACACAGAGAAGUAAUAAAAGAUAUAGCAACUAGAUUUCGUAAAAGUUAUGCUUUAACUAAUAAGUCAUUGGCAUCAUUAGCUAAAAUGUUUAAGAAAAUUUAUGAUGAUCCAAAUUGCCUGCUUACCUGGCCUACAGUUUUGAUUAUAGACAAAGAUACUGAAUAUUUAGGUGAGUGCAAAGAUUUAUUACUUAGCCAUGAUGUAAAAAUUCAGUAUGCUGUAACUAAAGAAGGUGUUGCUAUUGCUGAACAUGAUCAUCAAGAAUUUGAAAAACAUGUUAAAGGUCUUCAUAUAAAUGAUAAUACUUUUAAUAAUACUGUUACUCAAUUAAUACAUAUGACUCCUAAUGAAGCUGUAAAAAGAGCAUUAAAAGAUAAAAAAAUAUUUGCAGAGCCAGCAGUAAAACAUAGAAAACCUGUUGGAUUUGAUAAACCACAUUUGUCUUAUAAAGAUUUUAUUGAAAGUACUUUAAUUCGUAAAGGUCAACCUGUUAUGUAUAAAUUAGAAGAUGGACCAGAAAAAAAAUUUGUUUGUAAGCAAUUACAAUUAAUUAAGAAAGUUGAACUUCCUCCCACAUAG